UGGCUAGAGGCUGUUAAAAUGAGGUGUUGCGAGUUGGCUCACACGCUCCAAUGCGCCAUGUUUCUGGGUGCUUGUCACUGGGCAGUGCCAUGCUAUCCGCCCCCCUGUACUGGCACUUAUUGGUGUCAUUGGUAGAGUCACUUUUACUGAUGGGUUUAAUCGUCAGGAUUGGUACUGGCUCUUGAUAUGACGUCUUUAUGCGCUGCCCCUGCGGAUGUAUCAGCUGCAUCCCAGAUUUUUUUCGUACUCUGAGGCCGUGUGUCUCUAAGCAGCCUCUUCCCCAGUAUUCCAAGAGCCAAAGGAAAUCCUGCAUUUCAUCUGGAAUAAUGCAGAUUAGAUAACGGCCUGUCUCCUCGGGGAACAAGCAUGUUUUUUUUCUGUGAAAAAGGAGGAGGGAAUAUGUUUGGUUCAUUUUGUGAGUAAACGUAUGGGGGUAAAAAUGGCGCAGGGCUUUUAUGUUGACCUCCAUUCAUUUUAAGGUGUCAUCAAGGUUCUGUGAAUGUGCAGGUGCACGAUACACUGUUGGAAAUCAAGCGACUUGUGCGUUCUGUGCAAAUUCAAUUUAUGUGUUAUCACCUUUUAUUUUGACAUGGGUAUCACAUGGUGUAGCAUGUAAAUCUUUCAUCUGGCCUUCACAGAUUUUUAAGAAAACAAUUUUUUUUUCAUAGCAAAAUCUUGCUCUUUUUUCCAUAUAAUAAAGGUAAAUAGUAACCACUGCUGUGCUGUUCCAACCUGAUUUCAAGGGAAUUUGUAACUAUUUUAUGACGUGGCUAAUUCGUAUGAAUUUGUACAAUGUGAAUCAUACAAAAAUGUACAAUUAUUAAAAGAGGAAAUACUGAAACCCCACCCCUAAACCUAACCGUUACUGGUGGAAAACUUGGACUUAUCCACUUUUAUUACGUGUAAGAGAACAGUGUAAAUUCUUAAAAACAUGUUAACAUAUUUUUCAUUUUUGGUUGAGCUUUCCCUUUAAUUUCCCACUCUUCUGUUUUUUUUUACAGUUAAAGGAAUAGUUCACUCAAAAACAAAAAUUCGUCAAUCAUUCACUCUCAUGUCAUUCAAACCUGAAAAAAACCCUGUUUUUUGAAACACAAAAGAAGAUAUUUUAAGAAAUGUGUCAGUGGUUUUGCGCCUAUUAUUAAUUAUGUUUUAUUAACAAAGUUCGGGAGGAGCACGUGCAGAUAACUUACCCGGCUGGCUUGCUAUGACCAAUCUCACAAAUCAGAUAACUAACCCGGCAUAACCAAUCUCACCAAUCAUCCUUUUAGCUCGGGCAAAAACCCCCACCUACAAAUAGACAAGACGCCUUACCUCAUUCUCUCUACAUUUUCGCAGCAUCCCUCCUCCACCCCAACUCCUCACCAUCAGACCAUUUUUACCGCAGUAUAACAGGGGGGCAACGACCCAAGUCCGGGCACAUACCGGGCCCUCUCCCCAGACAAGGGGCGGGCGCUCCGAGUUCGGAGGAACUACCAAGCUCGGAGCCCUCUCCCCGGGACAGCACGCCAAAUAUUCAUACUAUCCGUCCCUUAUCAUCUGUACUUAUUAUCUGCGAGGCGAACUCUUGAAACAAUGGAUGUCAACAGGGGCCAGUGUUAUUUGGUUACCAACGUUUUAUGUUCUGCACAAGAAAGUAAGUUACGCAGGUUUGGAAUGACAUGAGGGUGAGUAAAUGAUGAAAGAAAUGUAAUAUUUAGUCCUUUAACACUUUAUGCUGGCAUGCUUUUUGAAUGCAGCCAUCGAUGACUCGGGAUUAAUGUCUGUCAUGAUUAUGCUUUUGGUUGCAAGGUAGGGCACCACGGGGUUUCCCUUUCAAACUGUGUUGGGGCAGAACGCAUCUACAUUAACCCCUCACUUUUCUCUCCAUUUUGAGGUUGAAUGCUUUUCACGCCUUACCUGUGUAAAACGCAGUCUCUGAGGUAAAUGGGUAGAGGUAAAUCACUGUGUGAGAAAAUCCCACUCAGUUUAUCCGAGCGUUUGGAAAACCCCAGCCUUUUAGGUUAGACGCUUAAACCUACAUUACUUGUUACAUUUCCAGUUCCCUGUUGCAAAGUUUUGGUUCAUUUUUCACAGUUCUGCAUGCUAGCAUAAAGUGCUAUGCUCAGCAAUGUUCUCAUCUGACUCUAGGUGAAUGACUGAGGGGAAAAAUGUUUUUUUUAAUCUUAAAUAGACGGCUAAAAAAGUACGAUUUACUCUACGCUUGAUCUUGUUACCGUAAUUUCAACGCUCGCACUAACAGUUAUCGUCUGUGAGAGACAGUUUUGCAUACCAUUACACAACGUUUUUAUUUAGUUGCCGAAACAACAUCAAGGUCAAUUUCCAGCAGAUCAGCUGAAGUAUUUCAUUUUUGCUUCGUAGUUCAUUUUGCACUCCAGCUAUGACUUGAGCCUCCGUUGUGACACAUACAUAAUGAAAUUCUAAGUGACUUGGAAAGUACUGUACGUAGAUAUCUACUUCGGGCUGUGUCCAUGAGUGUGUUGUUGCUGGAGGCUUUCAAUGGCGGCUCUCACAAACAGCUGCUUGAUCUUCUCCAGGAAAGUGUUGAAGACUGUGUAAGCUUCACUCUGCCUGCUAAGAAAUGGCACUGGAGGGCCAGAACUUCUGCCCUGUACUUCAUGCAAGCAGUUCCAGCCAGUUCCCUCUACAGAGUUUUGUUCACCAGCUCUGUCCUCAAUCUCGCUGAGCUUGUAGCCCUGCGGCUUGAUCUCGGCCGUCUAAAGAAGGUUCUGUACUUCCAUGAGAACCAGCUGGUCUAUCCAGUCCGCAAGAGCCAAGAAAGAGACUUCCAGUAUGGCUACAACCAGAUCCUGUCAUGCCUGGUUGCGGAUGUGGUUGCAUUCAACUCCUCAUUCAACAUGGAGUCCUUCCUGUCCUCCAUCUCCACCUUCAUGAAGACUAUGCCAGACCAUCGACCCAAAGACCUGGACCGGCUCAUCCGUCCCAAGUGCCGCGUGCUCCACUUCCCGAUUCGCUUUCCUGAAGUCACAAGAUUCCUGCCUGCACACAAACGUCUCAGGCAUUCAGAGCGGCAUGUUAAUAUCUACAGUCCGGCUGCUCAACACCACACUGACACAUCAGUUUCAAGUGAAAAUGAGUCACAUGAAGAGAAACUACAAAAGGAAGGACUGCAGACUACGAGUUUGGCACCAGAUCUGGAAGCAUCACAAAAUCAGCCAGCGUGUCGGCCGUGUGAUGAGAGAGAGAAACCCCGGCCACUCCACAUAGUCUGGCCACAUCGCUGGGAACAUGACAAAGACCCACAGCUGUUUUUCCAGACCUUACUGAAACUCAAAGAACGACAGCUGAGCUUUGAAGUUUCUGUCCUGGGAGAGACUUUCACUGACGUUCCAGACAUCUUUGCAGAAGCCAAAGAACAGUUGGUUGACCACAUCCAGUACUGGGGUUUCAUGCCCAGUAAGGAAGAUUACCUCAAAGCGCUGUGCCAAGCAGAUGUCGUCGUGUCCACGGCCAAGCACGAGUUUUUCGGAGUAGCAAUGAUAGAAGCAGUCCACUGUGGUUGUUAUCCCCUUUGUCCGAACGCUUUGGUCUACCCAGAAAUAUUCCCUGCGACAUAUCUGUAUUCGACACCUGAACAGCUGUGUAAAAAAUUACAACAUUUCUGCAAGCGCCCGCAGUUAGUCAGACAACAUGUUACUCAGGUGAACAUCAGUACUUUCUCCUGGGAAACUCUUGAGGACGAGUUCAAAUCUCUCUUGAGAGCAGAUGGUGACAUGAUUUCAACAGAGCAGCACACAUCAUGACAGGACCCUUAGAAAUACAUAUUUAACAUCUCGCCUCAUUGUGAAGUUGUGGAGUUUUUGAUGUACUCAAACAUUUUAAUGUGUUGGAUAAGUGCCUGAAAUAUGGCAGCACAGCCUUUUAUAUACAGUAUCUACUGUACCAGUGCCACCAACGAAAAGCUUCCCAAUCUCUCCAAUACAUAAGACGAACAUCUGUAUGUUAACUUCAAUGUGUAGGAAAAAAACAACUUUUAUAUUUGUGGUCAAUGGCAGAAAAAGAGCAAAGUAAAAAUAAACAAUUGAAAAACCUGCGACCGCUUUCGUGUCACGCAUAGCGGGCCCACCUCAUAUUUCGCUUCAUAUCCAUUUUUAUCCUUUGUGCUUGAGGACUACAGCCUGGAAUUCUGGAGUCUUCGGUUCCCACUCCGACAGAGCGGCGGCCAAGUUGCGGCUUGAAACGUUGUGGGCUCUUGCUCCACCUGAGGUUGCCAGGUUGUGACAAAGUCCCCCGAGGCUCAGUAAAGGUUGAUGCAAGGCUUCCCCAGGACUGUGGUUCAAUCUAAAUACGGUUCUCUUAUUUUCCUUGCAUUUGAGAUCUGGCUGUACGCUACAGCUGGAGCCCACUGCAUAAUUAAGGGGGCCUGGUAACUAGCUAUUUAUAUGUGUUUGCUAAAUGUAAAAAUACUGGGCAAACUAACAAUGGCCUGUCAGAUUUUCCAUCUUUUUUAAAGAUGUGUCUGCUUUCACAUCACAGCAAUGCCACAACCUCUCGACCCACUUCAAGUCUGCCAACAUAAGUGCCAUUAAAAGAGGCCCGACUUUUAUUGAAGAAGUUAUUGAGAGAUUCAUCCUUUAUUAUCAGAUAUUCUCCUAAUAAAGCUGUGGAAAUUUCUGACGUUAUUGUUUCAGAUUUAUUGAUUAUUCAGGUGCACUCGGAUAGAGGGUCUAGAUUUAAAGGCUCAGACAUAAUCACGUUGCCACCUUGUACGUAACCAAAGUCAUUACUCCCCAUUAAAGGAAAAGUUCAUCUCAAAAUCAAAAUUGUGUUAUUUUUUUACACGCCCACGUUCAAACUAUGAGGCACUAUGAGCGGAUGGACCAAUUUAACAAUGUCUUUAGUACUUUUCUGGACCUUGACAACAACUUUAACCAUGAUGUCUAUGAGGAGGCCUGGAAAUCUCUCGGAUGUCACCUAAAUAUCUUUAUUUGUGUUCCAAAGACGCCGGGAGGUCUUAAACCAUAACACAAUAAAAUAACACAAUUUUGAUUUUGAGACAAACUUUUCCUUUAAGCAGAAGUGCUUCUUUACAGCUCAUAGAAAAACAGUCCUAAUAGCCUAGAACCAUAUCUAACAUAAUUUAAUAUUUCAAAGCAUCAGUGAGGUUCUGUUGUAUGUUAUUUUUCAAUAUUUUGUACAGAUCUUGUUCAUUCACACUUCCUGUGGUUUUCUAUAAUACAGUUUGUCGCUAUUUGUUUUGCUUUAUAAAAAUGACACAAGUAAAACAGAAAUAAAGCAACCUAAUUCGAUUGACCUGUUUGCAUAUUAGCAGAUCUGGAUUCGUUGAGGAAACGCUCCUGUAGUGUAAGAUGGGUUUGCCAUCUACUCUGAGUCUGACCUCAGGUCAGGACCUAAUGACGCCUAAAUAAAGCCUAUAUAACCUGCUGUUUCUGUAGUCGCAAAAUGUCACCCCACAUAUAAAAACUUAAUAGCGACCUCUAUAAAACUCGGUGCACAUUAAACCAUUUCAUUGGCCUGUUGCUGUUUUCUCUCUGGUGUUCUAGAGGUAUAAAGCAAAUAUAAUACUGGGCGAAUUGUACAACAAUACAAAUG